AUGACUUAUACCGUGGCUCCGCAUCUCGAAUACUUCACCAUCCCGCUCACGGACUUUGUGGCCGCUCGACCUGAAUUUGAAGGGUUUGGUGUUGGAGCAUACGUUUUCUCUCAUGCCGAUCCCACCCCGCGCAUCCUUCUUCUCCAGCGCGCACUGACGGACUCAAUGCCUGGCUGCUGGGAGGGCCCCGGAGGCGCAUGUGAACUGGAAACCGACAAAACGUUACUCGACUCCCUUGUGCGCGAAACGCUAGAAGAAAGUGGAUUGCAUGUGUCUAGAAUUAUUGACCUCGUUGCGGUGGAUUGCUGGGAGCAUCAUCGCCGUAGUGGCGGCAAAAUCCGGAUCGCCAAGUACUCGUUUGUUGUCGAGGUUCAACAGGCUUUGCGAUGGUCAGCAGGAAAAUGCCAACCGGUGCCAACACUCCAAAUACCUGUUCAACUCGAGCCACUGGAGCACCAGCAGUUCGACUGGGCGAUAAAAGAGGACGUUGUGCUUUCUAUUCAGUCAUCGAACGGUCGAUACAGAUUCCCAUUGCCUUUAAUUGGCCACCAAGCACCUAAUAUCCUCCGAGCUUUUGAAUUGGUUGAAGAACGGGAGAGCAAGGAGUGA